GGGAGGCAAUGCGGUGCCGAGGGCGGAGGCUGGAGCGACGCUGGUGGAGCAGGAAGAGGCAGGGCUCCAGCCCGGGGCACGGAGGCUCCGCCUCCUCACAUCACUUCCGUAAACAAAGAGAGCUGCGGAGGCGCGGCACCCAGGAUGUGACCCCGGCUGUAGCUGCAGCGGCGGAGGGUUGGGAGGCUCCCGGCUAUUUGCGGGCUGAGGAAGGGGCCCUCGAUCGCUUUCUUCCUCAGAUCUUAAGAAGCUGGCCUUGGUGCAGUAAGAAACUUAAAGCAAUGGAAGAGCGAAAAGUGAAGAGGAGGAGUCCUAAGUCUUAUAGUGCCCACUGUACUCAGGUUGUUAAUGCCAAAAAAAAUGCCAUUCCAGUUAGUAAAAGCACAGGGUUUUCAAAUCCUGCAUCACAGUCAACUUCACAGCGACCAAAGUUAAAAAGAGUAAUGAAAGAAAAGACCAGACCUCAGGGUGGAGAAGGAAAAGGUGCUCAGUCUACUCCGAUUCAGCAUUCCUUCCUCACUGAUGUCUCUGAUGUUCAGGAGAUGGAAAGAGGACUGCUAAGUCUUUUGAAUGAUUUCCACUCUGGAAAACUUCAAGCAUUUGGAAAUGAAUGUUCCAUUGAACAGAUGGAACAUGUUCGGGGAAUGCAGGAGAAAUUAGCUCGCUUGAAUUUGGAGCUCUAUGGGGAGUUAGAGGAACUUCCUGAGGAUAAGAGAAAAACAGCUAGUGACUCCAAUCUGGAUAGGCUCCUGUCCGAUUUAGAAGAAUUGAAUUCAUCCAUACAAAAACUCCAUUUGGCAGAUGCACAGGAUGUUCCAAAUACCUCUACCAGCUAAAAUGAAAUGCAGUUUGCUUUCUUGUGAUUUGAAGAGAAGCAGCGUUCUUUACUUUUCCAGCUGAAUCCAGUAGCAGAAUCAUCUUCCACAAUAAGAAAUUAAAGCAAUUAAAAUACAAGUGCAAUGAUUGUUUUCACAUACUUGCUUUUAGUAAAUUUCACUCACUGUAAUUCACCAUAACUGGAGGCCUAGGCCUUGUUGAAGGCUUAAUCAGGAAGUGUGAUGCAGAGGUUGUGCUGCUAUGCUUUAUUUAUAUUGUUGCCUUAUGGAGUUAUACUUGAAAUGUGUUGUGCUAAAUGUUCUUGAUAGGGCUGAAGGAUUUAGCCUUCCUGAGCUCACCAAACUUAUUCCAGUGUUGAUCAUGAGUUGAUGAUGCACAGGCUUCUUGUGGCAGCCCAGCUUCAGUUUACAUUAGACAAUCAGUACACACGCUGGUGUGUUUUCCAGUGGCGAGUGACAACAAAA